AUGGCGUCGCGUCUAAGCUACCGCCUUGAGCACUUUGUUCUCGAAGACGAGCUCCUGAGAGGGGUUCCUUUGAGAGCGACGUUGUGGGGCCUCGGGAAGCUUUGGCUCACCUCGCCCAUCGAUCUACCGGAGCAGGCGAAGAAAUCUCUGUGGGAGAGAUCUCGCAAGGUGAAAAAGCUCGACAUCUUUUUGUCACGCACGUGGCACACCCGUGGCUGGCGCAAGGUGCUUGCGCUACUGGUGCAGCUCGGGUCCUACAACUUUCUGGCCGGCUGGUUUUUCGGCGUGGUUCUUGGAAUCGUACUGCAGGCAACUAUGGAGAUACCUGAUUUCAUAGCACCAGCACCAGCUAUUUGGAUCAGUGGUCCCAUUGGGUCGUUCUUGGGGCUGCUGACCGCACCUUACAUGCCACACUGGGCUGCAUGCAGGGGCAAGUCGCGAGAGAUGUGUUUCUUCGAUGCGGCAUGCAUCAAUCAGGCUGAUCCCGAUCUGAUGCAGCGCGGUGUUUACGGCUUGAGCGGCUUUUUGGCUGUCGCGUCAGAGCUGCGGAUUUUAUGGAGUCCGCCUUAUCUCUCCAGAUUGUGGUGUGUUUUCGAGCUGGCGGCAUUCCGCAAAGCGAAUCUUGCCGGAAGGAUCGUCCUCCAGCCUUUGUUCGUCGAAACCGGUUUGCUCGUCAUUGUCGUGGGCCUAUAUGGACUCAUAAUCGUCGAUGAGUGGCGGUUCGCCCACGCUGGUGUUUCGAUUGGGCUCGCCAGUUUGCUCGGCUACAUCUGGUACCACAGUCUCCGCAGAUUGCUUAACGACCAGCAUCACCUUGCAAAUGAGUUGCGCACUUUCGAUAUCGAGAAGGUCCACUGCCGCUCUGCGGAAGACACCGAGUACAUCUAUGCUGCCAUUCAUUCGUGGUAUGGAAGCUCGAAAGCGUUCACAGAUCAUGUGAGAGGGCCUCUGGCAGACGAGCUCACGAACUGCUUUUCCAGGAAGGAUCUUCCGGGCGCCUAUUGGCUGAUGAUUGCAACGCCAUUCGUCACCUUCAACGUGGCAAGAUCUUGGAUUUGUGCUGAAGCACCCACCUCUACUCUGGACAUGAUCGUCGGCCAUUGCCUAGCAAGAUGCAUUGGCAAUAGUAUCUUGAACGUCCUCUUUGUGCAGUUUGUGUUUCACGUUUGCCGUAGAUUUGCCGCUUCUGCAGGGGGGUUGCUCGACUACGGCAAAACGUUCUUGAUCUGGCUGGCCCUGACAGUGGUCCUGCUGUGCAUGUUCGCAAUCGGUUCCAUGGUGCUAAACCAGGAAUCGCUGGCGGUGUCCAUCUCGUACACUGCCGUCACCACAGCCCUGUACUGCAGUGUAAGCACACGCAGCAGGUGGAGGAAGUGGUCUUACUCACCUUCCCCCUGUGACCGAAGUGAGGGAACGUUUGAAGUCUAG